CUAGCUAUAACUACUGCCACGGCCCUUUCUCCUAUUUCAUGCAGUCAAACAAGGAGUUCGAAAAAAAACUGAAAGCUCUAGUCUCCAGUGGUGAUUAUACUUUAGCAAUGGCUAUUUUGAAGCUUUUGAUCGCUUCACUUGUCGUAUCUCUUCUUGUGCUCCAGAAGGUGAACGCAAGCCAAGACGCAAGCACUAUUCCUGGGAAAAACAUGGAUUGUGGCGGCGCUUCCGGGACAUGCAGUAAAGGAUGCAAAUGUGACCAUAAAGGCACUUCCGGCGACCUCAAGGAUGCAGUAAAGGGUGCGAAUGUGACCAUGAAGGAUACUUGCCCUUGCUGUGGCGCCACCAUGAAUACUCCUGGUGGCAGACGCAUGAAUCCUUGAGACUAGCUUUGGUCUACUUGUAAAAUGCACGUACUGAUUCUCCACAUAUAUCAAGAAUAAUCGCUGGAGUUUGAAUAAUCUAUCUAUGAAGUUGUACUUCCGUUAAUACAUACGAUCGUGGGGUGUCGUUUUAUGUAA